AAUAAUGCCGAGGAAUGGAAAAUAAUUGCAGCCGAAUUUGAAACUUAUAAAAGCGCUUUCACUAUUUUCGAUUUAAUCGUCAUUAAAGUAAAAACAGACCAACAACAACAAAUAAUUAUGCGCAUAAGCGAGUUAAUGGUAGAAGAAAAGGCAACUCCACUUCAGCACUUCUACGAGGGUGCCAAUAUACUAAUAACUGGAGGAACAGGCUUUCUUGGAAAAAUAUUACUAAAUAAAUUAUUUACGUCAUGCCCUGGCAUAGAAAAUAUUUAUAUUUUAAUUCGUAAGAAAAACAACAAGGAUGUGCAUACACGUGCGGAGGAGAUAUUUGAUGAUCCGAUUUUUAAUGUUAUGAAAAAGGUGGCACCUAAGUUUCGUCAUCAGUUUCAAGGCAUUGCAGGGGAUUGCUUGUUGCCCGACUUGGGUCUUAGUCGAGAAGAUCGAAAGCUGCUUAUUCAACGGGUGAACAUAGUGUUUCACAUGGCAGCAACCGUGCGAUUUGAUGAAAAAUUGAAAAUUGCUAUGCAAAUAAAUGUGAAAGCAGCGCGCGAUAUUAUGUUGCUUUGUAGUGAAAUGAAACAUCUAAAAAGUGUCUUGCACGUCUCCACAGCAUAUACCCAAUGUCCCCUCCGCCAAAUCGAUGAGAAAUUUUAUUCACCACCUAGUGAUUCGAACGACUUAAUACUUUUGACAGAAUGCAUGCCGGACAAGCUACUGGAAUCAAUCACACCUGUACUAUUGGGUAAAUGGCCGAAUACUUAUACCUUCACAAAAGCUGUUGCUGAGGAUAUAAUAAAGAUAUACGGAAAUAAAUUGCCAGUAGGGAUGUUUCGGCCUGGCAUAGUAAUUUCUACGUAUCGCGAUCCCGUUUGCGGUUGGAUAGACAACUUUUAUGGACCAACAGGAGCUAUUGCUGGAGCUGGCACAGGUGUCAUACGAACACUACGGUGUGACCCACGUGCUGUCGCUAAUAUGGUUCCAGUUGAUUUAUGUGUGAAUAGCAUAAUUGCAGCGGCAUGGGACAUAUCACAAAAACACAAUAUCAUCUCACUUGAAAAAGAUAUACCAGUUUAUAAUUUCUGCACAUCAAAAUUCAAUCAGCUGACUUGGGGCGAUUUUACUACCAAAACAACGAAAUAUGGCCUAAUGUACCCCACAAUCAAAGCUCUUUGGUAUUUGUGUUACGCCAAUACUCCGAACAAGUUUCUGCACUUAUUGUCAAUUUUUUUUUUGCACUAUGUUCCCGCUACUAUUUUUGAUGUAUUUUGCAUGUGCAUGGGAAAAAAACCUCGGUUGCUAAAUACUUACAAAAAAAUUCAUAGAUUUAUGCGUGUGAUUGAAUACUUCUCAAUGCGACAGUGGGAUUUCAAAAUUGAUAACGUGAUCAAUCUGUGGAAUCGCCUAUCCGAUAAAGAUAAGGAUAUAUUUUUCUUCGAUAUGACACAAUUAGAUUGGGAUUUAUUUUUACAGCAAUACUUCCGAGGUAUACGACAAUAUUUGUUACAUGACCCACUUGAUACAAUACCGCAGGCACUUGUAAGAUGGAAUAGGCUAUAUUGGUUGCAUCAGUGUAUAAAGUUACUUGUAUUAUUCUUAUCAGCUCAUAUUAUUUGGUUGUUUUGUUCAAAACUCUGCUAAGAUAAAAUUAAUAAUUACGUAUAUUGUGACAUUCGAGUAAAUAAAUUUUGUAUUU